AUGGCCAGCAUCAACCCAACAUAUCGCAUUGGAGUCGAUGUGGGAGGAACGAACACCGACGCGGUUCUCAUCUCCCUCGACCCUGUCUCUAUUGUUGCGUCACACAAAGCACCAACCACGCCCGAUGUCACUACCGGCAUCACCAAUGCCAUCAAAGCUGUCAUCGGCACAUCAAAUGUUUCCUUGGCUUCCAUUAGCUGUGUAAUCGUCGGCACGACUCAUUUCGUGAAUGCUGUCGUGCAGCGCUCGCCGUUGCUGCGACGCGUCGCGGUGGUACGGCUGUGUGGAGGCCCCGAGGAAGGCUUCGGCCGAGGAAUCCCGCCCUUUGUCGACUUCCCUGCAGACCUACGGGCGUGCGUCGAAUCGUCGCAGAACUACUUCUGUCAUGGGGGAUAUCAGAUCUCUGGAGGGGAGAUCAGCGCAUUGGACCGGCAGGAGAUUGAGCGGGUGGCGGAAGAGUUGGUGAAGAACAACAUUCUCAACGUGGUGAUUUCGGGGAUGUAUGCGCCCCUAUCCCACCUCCAAGAAAGUCAGGCCAAGGAUAUUAUCUUGUCCAGCAUGGCGAAACAUGCUGGAUCGGAGCUCAAGGCACGCAUCACCAUGUCACACGAGAUCUCGGGGCUGGGGUUUCUUGCUCGUGAGAAUGCUGCGAUUCUCAAUGCGACCUUGCGACCGCUGGCAGAGAGAACUAUAUUUGGGUUUCAAAAGGCGAUGGAGGACAUCUUCCAGGGAAAUAAUUAUACACUUUACCUGACGCAAAACGACGGUAGUGUCCUCAGUGCGUCCGAAGCAGUUGAACUUCCGAUCCGCACCUUCAAUUCCGGCCCGACAAACUCAAUCCGCGGUGGAGAGCUUCUCUGGCGUGCUGCCGCCGAAGCAGAUGGUCGCCAACAUGGCCAGAGAACGGAGGCCCUCGCAGUGAUCGAUAUCGGAGGAACAACCUCGGAUAGUGGAUUGCUACUACCAAAUGGCAUGCCGCAGAUGAGCUCCGUCAUGAGUCUUGUUGGCGGCGUUCGCACAAACUUUGCUCUUCCGGCCGUGGAGAGCAUUGGAUUGGGUGGUGGUUCGAUCAUCCGUCAACAGGAAGAUGGCCAUAUGUCUGUCGGCCCAGACAGUGUGGCGCUCGAGCUCCUUGAGAAAGCAAGGCUAUUUGGAGGCGAGUAUCUCACUUCUACCGACAUUGUUGCGGCAUCGGAAAUCUAUUCGCCGACCGAGCACGGCCCUUUCAAAGGCAUGGGCAAUCCCGGAAACCUGGCAGAUAUCACACCUGGAGUGGUGGCAAAGGCUCAAGCGGUCAUGAGAAAGAAAAUCGAAGAGCUCGUCGACCGAACUAAGAUUCAGAAAGGCGAUAUCGACGUCUUGAUCGUCGGGGGUGGUGCACCCAUCAUCAAAACAGACCAGCCUCUGGCCGGUGUGCGCAUGGUGAGGACUGUCAAGGGAGGUGAAGUCGCCAACGCCGUCGGGGCUGCGAUCUCACGAGUAUCGGGGGUCAUUGACACCGUCGUGGAUACGUCCAAUCAAAGCCUCAAACAAGCCCAGGAUGCAGUGUCAAAGCUAGCCAUCAACAAGGCGAUUGAGAGCGGAGCAAAGCCAGACACAAUUGAAAUUGCCGAGAUUACUAUGCUGCCGAUCCAAUAUGUCGACGCCAAAGCUCGAAUCAUCAUUAAAGCGGUGGGGCAAUUAGACAUCGUCGCCCAGCAAGCAGCGACUCCAACCCGAUCAGCAAGCGAGGGGGUUGCUUUAUAUGACCUCGAAAAUCACGGACAAGAGACCACUCCGAGUCCGAACCUGCGUGGGAGCCAAGCGGAACCCGAGAAAUUGGAUCUCCAGGCCUACCGUCCGGAGAUAAAAGACCAUCAAUGGAUCAUCUCGCCCACCGAUCUGGCAUUUAUCGCCGAAGGGUGUAAGAUCCUGGGCUGUGGAGGCGGUGGAGAUCCUUACCAGGAGUAUCUCAAGACAAUGGCCAUGAUUCGGGACAACCCCGGUAUCGUCAGGGUUGUCGCACCCGAAUAUCUGCCGGAUGAGGCAUUGGUGGGCUGGACCGGCUGCAUGGGCAGCCCCGAAGUCAGCAUGGAACGCCUGGAAAAUAAUGAGUGUCUCAAGGCACACGAAGAACUGAUGCGAGUGACACGCAGCCCACCGGUAUCUGGGUUCGUUGCUUUGGAAAUCGGAGGUGGCAACGGCGUCGUCAACCUGAGCGUCUCGGCGUAUUUGGGAGCCCUCUGCGUGGAUGCCGACUACAUGGGCCGCGCCUACCCGACAAUAUGGCAGGUUACGCCCAACGUGUAUGGGUCACCCAACGGUGAUGCGCUCGUACCGACAACAAUUGCAAGUGGAGAUGGAUCGUUUAUCACCAUGACAGCAUCUCGUACGGAUAGACUGGUUGAUAAAAUCCUGCGAGCCUCCUGUGUGGAGAUGGGCUGCCGCGCGGGAAGUGCUGGACCGCCGAAGCUCGCGUCGACAGUGCGGGAACAAGCAGUCACGAAUACGGUCUCGUUAGCUUGGUGGAUUGGCCGAGCCGUGGCGUUGGAGAAGAAUAUGGCCGAUAAGGCUCAGCGCAUCAUCGAUGCGGUUGGUGGUUCCGACACUGCGGCGAUUCUCGGCCAGGGCAAAAUCACCAGUGUGGAGCGAGUUCUCAAGACGGGUCAUACGUAUGGGGUUCUUGACGUGGAUGGAACACUGCAUGACGGAACCAAGGCAGUGAUGAAGGUUCCGUUCAAGAAUGAGAAUGCCCUUGUGGAAGCGGUAGUCAACGGAGAGUCUAGGAUAGUGGCAUCAGUGCCGGAUCUUAUUGCUGUGAUCGAUGCGGAGACGGGGUCUGGACUGGGGACUCCCGAGUACAAAUACGGUCUCAAGGUGGUCAUCAUCGCGAUUGCUGCCUCCCCACGCUGGACAGAUACCAAGAGAGGAAUGGAGCUGGGAGGACCAGGGUCGAUGGGCUUUGACGAGGUUAAGUAUACCCCGAUCGGAAGAUACACCAAACCUCGGAGUGUGAUUGAGGUGUUUGGUGGAAGUGGUGGUAGGGGUGCUACAGAGUUUUCUUCACUUAAGGUAGAGUAG